AUGGAUGAUGAAGCUUGUGGAAUAACUACGGUGAUUAGAGUGGUCUCGCCGGCACACUAUGUGUUCAAGAUAGAGUCUUUCUCUUUGCUGUCGAAGAACAAAGUCGAUGUGUAUGAGACGAACGAUUUUGAAGCUGGAGAUCAGAAGUGGAGACUGAUUCUACAUCCCAAAGGAGACAAAAACAGAAACGGAGGAGAUCACCUGUCUAUAUAUCUAGCGAUUUCCAACAAGUCUCCUUUGAAAGUUGGCUCCGAGAUAAAUGCGACAGUUAGGUUCUUUGUGUUAGACAGAAUUCGCAACCGGUACUUGAUGAAAGAAGGGAGACCUACAAGGUUUCACACGACCCAGUCUCAAUGGGGCAUUCCGAGAUUUAUACCAUUAGCAACUUUCAUUGACCCAUCCAAUGGAUACCUCAUUGACGACACCUGCGUUUUUGGAGUGGAGGUUCUUGUCAUCAAGAAUUCGGGCUUGGGAGAAUGUUUCACACCAAAAGAGGGUACAUCAUAUACACAUAAAUGGAAGAUAUCAAGGUUCUCGAGUUUGAAACAAGAGUCCUGCUGGUCCAAGCCAUUUUUGGCUGGCAAUCAGAAAUGGAAGUUGCAUCUAUAUCCGAGGGGAGAUUUAGCAGAGAGGAACAAAAGCCUUUCAAUAUAUCUUUGGUUGGCCGAUUCAGGGAAACUCGAUCUUGGGCAGAAAGUUAACGCAAGCUUCACCAUUCGGUUGAGAGGCAAAGAUGGCACUGUUCUUGGGGAGCGGAUGAGUAAAGGUUCGUUUUGGUUCAGUCAAUCGACCAAUUCGUCAGGUGAUUCCUGUGUCAUUGAAGCCGAAGUCACGGUGCUAGGCACAACUAGCAAGUUGCCAUGA